AUGUUGGAACGACAUGGAAGAGUUAAAAUAUCUCCUCUGCGCUAUCGAUUGUUGUGUUUGAAUUUCAUCAAAUCGAUUGAAAUAUCACUUUAUAGCAAAUGUCCACCCGCGCCACCAAAACCUUGCUGUCGUAUAAUAUUACCACCUAGAAUUCAAGAGAUUGGCUGUGUCAUUCCAUGUCAGAGACCUGUAUGCUGUCCACCACCACCAUGCUGUUUGCCUUUAUCACCAGGACCUUGCUGUCCUUGUCCUUUACCUCCUCCAUUGUGUCCAUUACCACCACCACCUCCGCCACCGCCAAAACCUUGCUGUCCACCUUGCUGUCCAUUACCAUGUUAUCCCCGUAUUUGCUGAUUUUUGAAAAUACGAUUGAACAGACCAAAAAAGAAACAGACAGAGAGAAAGAACAAAAAGAGCAAAGUUAUUCAAGCUUCUUUAUCUCUACAUAGAGACAUCUUUUAAAGAAGAUUUCCAAUAAUUAUACGCUAGAAAUAUUCGAACGGUACUUUUUGGAAUUUGCCCAAAGUAUAAAAGAAAGGUUUAAGCGCUACUUUUAGACUAAGUCUAAUAAUCGUUUUAUUUAUAUACACAUGUAUAUCUUUGUACGUAUGUACAUCGUACAUUGUUUUAUAUGCACGUUUGCAGUGAACAGUUUGCAUUAAAAGAAAACUAUAAUGAAACUGGAAGUUUAUAUUCUCGUAUUUCGAUCAAGAAUCACGCGAUUCGUUCGUAAAGAGAGAGAAAGAGAGAGAACUUGAGUGAAUCGUGAAGAGCUUUCAGAAUUUAUUGUGCUCGUUACAUUACGAUAAAACAGAUCAUUGAUUAGGACAGCUAUUUCAUUGAAAAAAGAAGGAAAUAAAAGUGGGGAGGAAGAGGAAAAAUAAGUAUGGAUAAAUAUUAAGUAGGGUUGAACGAGAAUGAAUUCAACCGGAAAUGAAGCGAACCUAAUAAAAGAGCUUCCCAGCAAUUUUAGAUCGACCGCAACCGAAGCUGUCUGAAUAACGAUGACUAACAUAACGACAAAUCGUAGCGUAGGUGAGAGCAGUUAACGCGAGGUCAAGUGAUCGCGAGGACAAAAGCUGCUUGAGAAAUGAUGAUGUUGCGACGCUCGUAAUAAGAACGUUUCGAUGCAAUGCUUAUCAAAAGAACAUAAUCAUUUUUGUCUGGUUUUAUUUUCAUGCUUGUCUUUCCUAACUACUAUGUAUAAUCCUUUAUUUGAUAAGGGAAAUGUUAUUUUAGAUUUCUUAUAAUAGCAUAAGUUCAUGAGCGAAAUGAUUGACGUUUUACAUUUCUUGAAUACAACGUUAUACCUAAUCAAAUUAAUCGUGAGAAUAUAUAU